AUGUCAAGAAAAACUAAAAGGGUAUGUUUUAGUCCUGAUUUUGAUGAUAAACCAACCAUGUUUCUCAAGCAAGGCAGCAGUGGUGGUGGUGGAAGAGUAUUAGGAAACAGGAAGAGGAUAAUUGGAAAUUGCACUUUCAAAUUGCCCAAAGGUCCUAGAUUUUCACCUGUGAGAUUUCUACAGAAACUGGGAGCAAAGGUUGCAAGUGCUCUAAGAGUUGUUUCCAAGAGAAGGAGAUCAUCCAGGAAGGUUUCUUCAUCCUCUUUGGUCAGGUCACGUUCAUUAUCAGACCCUACUGAUUCACAUCGUGCUAAAGCUGUAGAAGAUUGCAUUGAGUUUUUACAUUCUUCUUCCUCUAGGGAGAGACCAAGUUCAGUCUCUGAAAAUUGUAGAUUGGAAGGUUUUUAA